AGGUUGUAUCGCGGCGUCGUAGCUCUUCGCCAACUCCCUGCGACCGCUUCUUCUGCAAAGGUUGAUUUGUGAACCUGCCGUCCGAACUGUACGGGAUACGCGUGGCCACAGAAGUAUCCUUGGAAUUAAGUCGGGCGGAUUUGCGUCGUUCCAGCGGAUUCUUAGCGAAAGCGUCGGCGGACAAUCUUGUCGACUCUAAGGAUCCAAUUGCGAUUCUGUGUGAUGUUCUCAGGAGUUCAGUCGUCAUCAAAUUGUAUAAAACGGUGCUGUCAACGAGACAAUCAGGGCACAAUGUACUACAAUCCAAAGGACAUAUCUCCGCUAAACCCGGCUGCUUCCCCGCCAUCGGCUUCGCGUCGAAUGUCUCCUAAAGCUCGCGCCAAGUUCUUCCAUGAUAUUGAUACGCAGGGUCAACAAUUGACCGCUGUUGCUGGACGCAUUUCUCUCACUCUCAAUAACCUGCGGAAACGCAGGAAUACAGCCUCGCCGAUUCAUCGUCUACCUCAAGAGCUGCUCACGAUAAUCUUCCGGCUUGCAGCUCGUGCGGGAGCCCACAGCGACGAUAUCGUUGCUAUCAGUCACGUCUGUAGCCUUUGGCGUGAGAUGGCGCUUUCGGACGCCAGAUUGUGGACAACUAUACACAUUCCGAGUCACUCUAAAGCAUGCGAGUUCCUGCGUCGCUCAAAACGUCGGCUUGUGGAUGUCUACAUUGACAAUUUCUCAUCUGAUUCCGACACGUACGACUUCAUCGCAAUGCUCAAAACAGAAUCUUGCAGAAUUCGAAGUCUCACCGUGCAUUCAUUUAAGACAGAGGCGAUCAUGCCAAUGCAAAGUCUACUCUUGAUGCACGUCCCUCAAUUAGAAGAGCUAACAUUGUGCUGGGAAUGGGGGCAGCAUUGCUUUUUGGGAUCCAAUCCAUUCCAUGGACACACGCCGAAAUUGCGCUCUUUAACUCUUGCGCAACAUUCGUUCAACUGGACAUCAAGUAUUUUUAGUAACCUGACGAAGCUCUCGCUCGUCGGUCAACUCCCCAUCGGUCACCCGCAUUCAUUACCCUCUAUUCGACAGUUCCUACGCAUCCUGCAGGCAUGUCCCGAUCUUCAAGAGUUGAAGGUGGAAUGUGAAACGGCGUCGCUGGAAGCCCCCGCGGUUGGAUCGUUUGAACCCUUCUCGCGGAUCUCCCUCGAGCACUUGGAAGUUCUGCAAAUUAUGUUUUUGCCCCCUGACUGGAUCGGAAACAUCCUGGCACGAAUAUCUAUUCCCUCUACCGCACGCGUCACAGUUCGUAUGAUCGGCGAAGAAGAUUGGACUUCCGACUGCUUUGACCCACUGUGGACCGAUAGCAGCCUUGACUUCUUCCCCAUGCUUGCGAGCAUCCGAAGGUUCGAACUUUACUUCGACGAAAAAAAGGGGCUCGUCGUACAUGCCAACAAUGUUGCAUCGGCCUCGAUUAACGAACCGCCUUUCACUUACGGUGUCUCGGACAUGGAGCUGCGAUCCGCUCUUGAAGACGCGAUGCUGUUAUUCGACCUCUCUGACGUUUCGGUCUUGACUCUUGGCAGUCCUCACGUCGCGGAAGAAAAGCGAUCGUAUCUCUCCCUCCUGCACUCGAUGCCUCAGCUUCAUACGCUCCGUCUUGUCGAGCUUUCUGCUGAGGACCUGCAGGCGAUAUUUUCUCUGCUGACUUCAUCGUUGUCCGCGGAUGCAGGUCCUGCUGAAGAGGAGUUUCUCUUCCCUGCCAUGCAGCAUCUUGAAAUUGUCUCCUCGGAUAUGAAACGACAGUCACUGCGAAAGGCGUUGCAAGGCUACCUACGCGUUCGUUCGCGGACGCUUUCGCCCAUCAAAUCCGUAGAGCUGAUCGACGCUAAUGGAUGGACGGAGGCGGAGAUCCACGAGCUUGGAAAGUUAUGCGCGGAA